AUGCCUCACGCACAGGUGCCUUCACUCAACAUCCCAGACCAUCCACAAUGCGAUCCACAAAAGAUUCGCAUCAUCCACGUCGGUAUGGGCGCGGCUGGAAUGCUCUGCGCCUACAAGGCCAAGAAGAUGCUCACUAACUACGAGCUCGUCUGCUACGAGAAGAACUCCGUACCUGGUGGAACCUGGUACGAAAACCGAUAUCCCGGAUGUGCUUGCGAUAUUCCAGCACAUACCUAUACCCUGCCCUUUCAUCCAAACCCAAAUUGGAGUUCGUACUAUGCCUACGCUCCUGAGAUCCAGGAGUACUUGAUGGAUUUUUACAAACACCACAACCUCCACGAAUUCAUCAAGCUCAACACAGAAGUCCUCAACGCCCAGUGGGAUGAUCUCCAAGGCCUGUGGAACGUCGAGCUCAAGAACGUCAAAGACGGCAGCACCUUUCGAGACACCUGCAAUGUCCUCAUCAACGGCUCCGGCGCCCUGACAAAAUGGAAAUGGCCAAAGAUCGAAGGCCUUCACGAUUUCAAAGGCGUACUGGCACAUUCUGCGAAUUGGCCGCAAGAGCUGGACUGGAGCGGCAAACGAGUGGCGGUUAUUGGUUCGGGGUCUUCUUCGAUUCAAAUGGUACCGCAAUUCGCCAAGACAGCCUCCAAACUGACCGUCUUCCUCCGCAACCAGACGUACAUCGCCGCCCAGUUCGGGGCCAACGUAACCAACACCGAAGCUGAUCCGGAGGCCAUGGAUCCAGCGGCUGCUGGGAAGCAUCAGUACACUGAGAAAGAGAAGCAGCGAUUUCGAGACGAUCCCGCUUACCUCACCGAAUACAGGACAAAACUGGAAAGAUCCAUCGUGGGCGGGUGGAACAUGUUCAUUCGAGGCAGCGAGUUGAAUGUCAUGUUCAAGGAGUUCACCCAGAAUCAAAUGAAAACAAGACUCGGCGAGAGGGAUGAUUUGAAGGAACUGAUGAUCCCAACAUGGAGCCCGGGAUGUCGAAGGUUGACGCCUGGCGAAGGCUACCUGGAAGCAUUGGGGAAGGAAAACGUCGAAGUCGUCUGGGGCGAGAUCGAAAAAAGUCAAGAAAUCGAAGUCGACAUCCUCGCCUGUGCUACCGGAUUCGAUGUGCAGUACCUUCCACACUUCAAGAUUACCGGCCUGGGUGGCCAAAUCAUGCAAGACCAGACCGCACCCAACGUCUACGCAUCCAUCACCAGCCCCGGCUUCCCCAACUACUUCGUCAUCGGCGGCCCGCGAGGGAACUGGGCGCAAGGAACGGUAUUCCCCUCGCAUGAGACGCAGAUGGUCUACGUUAUCCAGUGCUGUCGAAAGAUGCAAGAGGACCAGAUCAAAAGCAUGCACCCGAAGCAGCACAUCACCAUACAACUCAACGCAUAUCUAGACACCUGGCACACAAAGUACUCCAUCUGGGCCGAACCCUGCAAAUCCUGGUACAAAGCCAAAGACCCACACGGCCAAGUCAUGACCUGGGCGGGCUCCCUCCUGCACCUCCUGAAAUUCCUCAAACGGCCCCGCUACGAGCACUACGAGAUCGAGUACCGCGAUCCGGAUAAUGUAUUUGCGUUUUUGGGGAAUGGGACCACGAUUGGCCAGGUUAGGUAUGGGGCUGAGGUGCCUGUGCCGUAUAUUAGGGAUGGGGAUGGUGGGGAGUGGGAUAUUGAGUAG